AUGGCCCAACUCGCUGCUCUCGGGCUGCUCCUAUGUGCAACCCCCGUGUUGGCCGUGAUCGCGACCGUGAAUUCCCCCUGUUUGUCCAUCUGCGGAGGCACUGAGAAGACGGUCAACGACGAGCUGAUCUGCAACGAUGGCGACUACAAUUCCACGGUGCACGGCCUGACGAUGAAGAACUGUCUCCUGUGCGAGAGUACCAGUACCACCUACUCAAACCAGUUCGAUAGUGACAUCUACUGGUUCAUCUUCAACCAGAAAUACACAAUCCAGGUCUGCGUCUACGAAGACUCGGCCUCGACCUCGCUCUCCCCCUGCGAGUCGCAAUGUCUCCCCCUGAAACCCGUCUUCGAGACCCUCUGGUGGGGCAACAACGUCUCGCUGUACAACUACUGCACCCAGAACAACAAUGCCUUCUCCACGUACGCGAGCGGCUGCUCCGAGUGUCUGAGGGGGAAGACCGGCUCCAAGGUCCUGGGCAAUUUCAUGGAUAAUAUGGUGUCGGCGUGCAAGACGCAGCCGAACGCGACCAAGGGGGAGACGGUGACUCUGGCGCGGCCGUUGUUUGACUUGAGCGUUGCGACGAAUUCUUCGACGGCCACAAGUACGGGGACGGCCACGUCGUCGCCGACCUCUUCAUCUUUAUCCUCAUCCUCCUCGGGUCUAUCGGCCGGUGCAGCAGCGGGAAUCGGGGUGGGCGCUGGAGCCGGCGUGAUCCUCGUCGGGGCGUUGGUAUGGCUUCUUUUCCGGCGACGUCGUCGCGCUGCGCAACAGACUCAGUCGGUGUACACUCCGGCUCCAGUGGAAGGUCCGGAUGCUCAGCCAAUGCAGUGGGAACCAGCGCCCUAUGCGAUAGCUCCUGUAGAGAGAAAUCCUUCAAGGCUGGUGGAGGCGCCGAACGGGAAUGAUGGAAAGGCAGGAGGGUCAUGGGCGGCAGAAUUACCAUCAAACCAUUGA